AUGGACUCGGCAAACACUAACGAAGACAUUGACAAUGAACUGGAAGAUGAUGAAGCAUCGGAGGCAUCUUCGAACUGUGAUUUUUCUGCCAGCGAAGAUGAAUGGCAACCCACAACCGGUGACCAGAGUAAAGUUGGCGAAACGAAAAUCCUUACUGUUCGUUGCACAACGAUACGUAAUUCGUUCGUUCUUUUGCCCAUCAGUCUUGCUCCGGCACGGGUAUCACGCCGGAUAGCCGCCAGGAAAGGAAUUAUACUGCCAGACGAACCUGAAACCCCGAAACCGGUGUCACUGCCAGUUGUAAGCACCAAUGACGAUGAAUCGGAUGACGAAGAAGAAAAGAUACCGGCAAAAAAAGCAAAAAGAAAGCCGGGCCGUGCUACUAAAGCGAAACCAAGGCGCAAGAAAUCUCCCGCCAGCGAGGAACCAAUCAAACUUACCACCUUUACCGUGGAGGAAUUAUAUCGUAAAUAUCGUCCCGACUUGGCACAUCCCGAACGGCCAAGUACUUCGAAAGGACAAACAGUGCCGAAAAAGCAACUUAAACAGAGUGAAGCGGAUGGAACGGGCAAUGAAUCUGAGAGCAGUGGGGACGAUUAUCUGGUAGAUCCGAGUAAGUUGGAUUUGAAUUCGGAAUUUUUCCAACCAUCUGAACAGGAAACGGAACAAAGGCAAGCGGUGAAGCUGUACUUCGACUGCAAUGCUGGAGUUGAGCUAACCGAUUCCGAGGAAGAAACUGACGUGGGUGAUCCGAUGGGACGAGAGCAAGCAGAGUUGGGGAAAAAAUUGGUACAGCAAAUUAAUCAAUCGAGUAAAGCGUACAUGCAGAUGGUUAGUUUGGCGCAAGCGGCUACCUCGCGUGUAUCGAAAGACAGCACUCCGGAUGCGGGAUCAUCCAAAACACACAAUGGCACAUCUGAAGUCCAAAAGCAAGACGAUAUAGAUCGUUUGUUAGUAGCGGGAGAGAAGUUACCGUCCGUUCGUGGUGGAAAAGGUCUAACCGCGGGCUUCGGUAGGAAUGAUUUUGUGAAGGUAGUGCCGUCCAAGCAAUCGGAACAGGAAAACGCUCCGAAAGAGAUUGAAAUAACGCUUAAACUUGCUCCAGAUGUGGAUGGUAAGCCGUCGGCAUCGAAACGUACCUUCGAUGUGCUGACUGCGUUAAAAAGAUUUAUGAACAGAGAAAAACGCAACAGCCAAGUAAAUGUGCACAAGGUAGCACUGCUCUGCUGGAUUGGUCACGGUACGUACGUGAACAACGAACUCCGGAAACCCGCGUUGAUGCGUUUGGCACUGAAGAAGCUGCUGCCCGGUGCAAUGGACCAGACAAGCAAAACAAACCGCCCAAACGGAUUGACCAACUUGCGGUAUUUCCAGGAGCUGACACGCUAUUAUAGACGCACAAUAUCCCUCAAGGAUGAUACGAUGUAUUACCGCCAACGGAAACAUCCGGCGAUCGGGAAGUUUCUCAUAUUCGCGAUCGCUAAAAAGGUCACCUACUGCCGGCGGGAUUAUGUUCUGCUGUUUGUGCUGAUGCUUCGAAUACUGGGCGUUCAUGCGCGGCUCAUUAUCUCACCCCCCGUUCCGCCCAAACACGUCCCGUCCGAUCAGCUGUACCGAAUGAAUCCAAAGUCCCCACAGGAGCUAGCGAUGGAAAGGCAACUGUUGCAGGAUUUUCGUCUAGCACCACGCGACAGCAUGGUUUACGUGGCCAAACAAAAGCUACGGGCAUUGAUUGCCAAGCAAAAGAGCACGACACCAGCGGGGAAGGGUAAGAAACGGGCGGGAUUCACCAUACCGCAGCUGGAUGGUGGAGCGGACGAUGAUCCGGUUGUGUCGCAGGGAGGGAGAAAAAAGUUGAAGCUCAUGGCGGGUUCGUUUUUAAAGAUCGAAAACAAUCGAAAAACGUCGUCGAUGCCAACAAUGGAUACGGACCGCAGCGAAACGGACGAUCGGUCGGUACCGGAUGAGGUGCAGAGAAGAAGGCAACGAAUAUUGGCCGCGUAUCGGGCACGGGCAGCAAAGCUGGCUAGUAAAAAAGAAGCAGAAGCAAACGCCCAGCAUAAGGCGGAGGAUCGGAAGAAGACGAAGAGGGCCAACGGCAAGCUGGGAGUGGAUUACUGGGUGGAGGUGUUCUGUGAGCACGAAGACAAAUGGAUCACAAUCGAUGUUCUGCACGGGGAUGUGUAUAAGCUGGAAGACAUUGUGAAACAAGCAACACAACCGAUCGCUUAUGUACUGGCUUGGAACAACGAUGGCUCGAUAAAGGACGUAUCACCGCGGUACAUCUCCCGCUUCGGCAGUAAGAAGAGCAAACUGCGCGUGGAAGAUGCAUGGCUUGAAAGGGCACUGCGCCCAUACCGUGGCAAACGAACCAAGCUGGAUCUGAUCGAGGACAUGAAGUUUGAUCGAUUGCUCAACAAACGACCCUUUCCGGAACAGAUUGCCGAGUACAAAAAUCAUCCCAAAUACGCCAUCGAACGGUAUUUGCUGCGUAACGAAGCCAUCUAUCCGUCGGAUGCACCCGUGCUCGGUUACAUUCGCGGGGAGCCGAUCUACUUUCGGGACUGUGUACACACGCUGCAUUCGCGUGAAUCGUGGCUACGGCAGGCUAAAACCGUACGACUAUACGAGGAACCUUAUAAAGUGGUUAAGGCGAAGGCAAAGUACGACCGGUUCACCGGUGCAGCCAUUAGCGGACAGACUGCGGAGCUUUUUGGUGAAUGGCAGGUUCAAGCGUACGAUCCACCGGUAGCAAAGGAUGGGCUAGUACCGCGAAGUGCGUACGGUAAUGUGGAUCUGUUUCAGCCGUGCAUGUUACCGAAAGGUACGGUUCAUCUGCAGCUGCCUGGGCUGAAUCGUAUUUGCCGACGAUUGCGGAUCGAUUGUGCACAAGCAAUUACCGGGUUUGAGUACCGGUCCGGAGGAUGCCAGGCUGUAUAUGAUGGGUUCGUUGUGUGCGAAGAGUUCCGUGAUCGACUGUUGGACGAGUGGUACCGGGAGCAGGUGGAGCUGCAGGAAAAAGAAGACGAGCGGCGCCGAAAGCGUAUCUACGGCAACUGGAGACGGUUGAUAAUGGGUUUGUGCAUACGGAAGAAGCUGAAAGAUCGGUACAACUUUGAUAACAUGUAA